AUGGGUUUACUACUCUUUCUGACACUGUUAGCUGUAGCAGAAGCCGAGACAAAUACCGGAAGUUGUAAAGACAUGUUACAGGGUUAUUUGACAGGACAACUGUCGUCUGCUUUAGGAGCGUACCAAGUAGAAACUUUGAGACGAGAGUUCAAAAUUGUUACAGAUCAAAUUGAAAAAUCGGUUAAUAAAUUGGAUGAAAAAACAGAAGCUGCUCUAAGCAGACACAUAGUAAACAGAAGCAGUGGCAUUGUGUACACACGAUGGGGGAAAAAGACCUGUCCUGCAACCGCUGAACUAGUUAUCUCAGGAUAUACUGGAGGAUCUCAUUAUAGUCAUACUGCAGCAGUAGUAGAUCCUCUCUGUUUACCCAGAGAUCCAGAGUGGGGUGUAUACACAGACGGGGCUGAUGGGACAAAGGCGUUUGUAUAUGGGGCAGAGUACGAAACAAGUACCUCAGCUGGCAGUUUACAAGCACUACAUGACCACGACGUGCCUUGCGCUGUGUGUCUGGCUCGUAACAAAUCGGUAGUCAAGAUGUUUCCAGCACGAAAAACAUGCUACAAAGGAUGGAAUCUAGAGUACCAUGGUUACCUAAUGGCCGGACAUUACGGUUAUAGUGCUGGGUCAGUGUACACCUGUGUUGACAAUCACCCAGACACAUUGCAUGGAGGCAGAGCGGAUAAGAAUGGUUAUCUGUUCCACCAAGUAGAAGCUCGAUGUGGUUCCUUGAAGUGUCCACCUUAUGUUGAGGGAAGAGAACUCGUGUGUGCCGUUUGUUCCAAAGAAUAACAAGACUCUACAGAUAUAUCAUUACAAAUUCAUUCUGAUAUUAAGAUUCUUGGUUUUGACAUCUUCAUCAAAGUUGCCGGAAAUUAGAGAAAGGUUCAUUAAAUGAUUCAAUACUAAUUUUGUAGUUAAUUUAAAUUAAGUAAAUAACCACUUUUCUUUUAAACACAUUUGACAUAAGUGAUGUAAUAUAUCAUUUCAUGAUGACAAUAAAAGCAUUUAAUA